UCAUUAACCUCCCUAGCGGUAUUCCUGAGUGUAGCUCGGGGUAAAGUUUCAGUACCAAAAGCGGUAACCCCGAGCUACACUCGGGCUUACCAUGCAGCGUUGCAUAGGGAUUCCCUGCAGCGCUUUACCUUGUCCUUCGCUCCUGCGAUGCGUCCCCUGCAGCGUCUUUGGCCAUCUCCUCCGGCCGAUGCUGGCAUCUGGCUUCCAUGUUCCGGUCCCUGUGGCGUCGGGACGUACGGGCGCCGGAACUGGCGGCAAAUUUGAAAUUUUUAAAAAAAAUUCAUUUUUUUAAAAAUUAUUAUUACAUAGUAAAACAUUACUGUAUCAAACCAUUUCACAUACAU